GUGCCUCUUCGGGCAUGCGCACAAGGGCCCCCGUGGUAGAGGAGGCGCAUGCGUAGUUGAGAGGAAGAAAGAGUCGAAGUUGCCCUUCAGCAGAAGCAGCAGCAUGCAAGCAGCUUUGGAAGUGACGGCGCGGUACUGCCAGAAAGAAGCAGAUGCCUACGGCCAGUGCGUGGUAGCCAAUCCUUCCUCCUGGCAACAGGACUGUCACCAGCUUAAAGUUGAAAUGGCAAAAUGCACUUCUUCCCACCCAAUUGUGCAGAAGAUUCGCCAGGAGUGCGCUGAACCCUUCACAGCAUUUGAACAGUGCCUUAAACUAAAUCAGGCCUCCGUUGCCAACUGCACUGAACAUGUCCAGAAGUUUCUGCUCUGUGCUGAUCAGGUGAAACUGGCCAUAUAAGGUCAGUGCCUCAAAAUGGAUUUGCAGUAAGCACACGUAUUUGUUUUCUGCCUCUUGUGUGUGUUUACAUAAAUUGAGGCAGCUGCGUUGAAUGUAAGACAAGGGGAGAUGCUAGCUGUUGACUCAAAACCAAAACAUUUUGUGGGAUCUUUAAGACCAGCAAGUUUUGUUUGGUUGAAAACAUUUCUUUCCAGCAGCAACAGACCUCGUGGUGGAGAUUCUCAUGCAGAAAGCAGACACUGCUGCAAACCCAGACGAUAACUCUGUCCUCUUGUCUACACUGGAAACAUGGUUAAAGGACUGAAUAAUGUCACUGGCAACAUUGGGAAUUCUUACCCAUGUUUGUCCUCCAAGGUAACGAAUGUCAUCUUUUGCCAGCAGUGACCCACAGCAGUUUACUUGGGACAAACAGGCUAAGUCUUUACACAAAAUGAUGUGUAAAAACUGACAUUAAAAAAGUAAUAUUCAGAAAUCAGUGGGAAACACUUCUGGAUUCUUUGUGUUUGACUGUAUAGUGACUGUUCUUGAACAAAAGGAUUUUGAAAGUGGAUUCCAAAGGGAAACAGGUGAAGAAGAAUAGGUCAGGAGAUUUAAAUCCAUACCUCUUGGCUUGAUCGAAAACAGAGGCUGCUUAUCACAUUAUACUUAUUGAUCAGUUCAUCUUUGCAGGUUUGUUUGUAUAGCUACUCUGUAGGUAUAACUAUUCUGUAGGGCUUCAGUGAUUUUAUUCCAACAGGGCUAUGAACAAAACAGGUCACUUUGGGCUUCAGCUGAAACAGCCAUGGUCUUGAAAGGAGAAAACAUUGGUUUAAUGUCUCAUGGGUAUCUGACAUCUAAUGGACCUCAGUGUUGGCAGGACGUUUAUGCUGAGCAACUCUCUGAAAGUUUAUAGUUAUUAAUACAUUUGUUACAUAACUUAUCCCAUUUGAUUUUGCUCUACCCUUAUAGCUAGGACCUUUAUGUGUAUAUAUCUGUGGUUUGAAUGUGGUACACCAUGCGUCUGGAGAAAUGGGCUAUGUCUACAAGUGCUAAUUAAACUUUUAAGGCUUAA